UAAAAUGGCAUGGGAUCUUCUUGCUAUUGAUUUCAAAUCUCUGCUAAGGUUAUGUUUAGUCUUGUGGAAGGAGACUAAGUGAAAAUAUUGCACUUAUGAACAAUGUAAAGGCUAGAGAGAAUCAGUUCUACCAUGACAGAUUCCCCUCCACUAAAUAAAACCCAACCUUUUUAUAAAAGAUAUUUUUCCUUCUUGUAUUUUCCAGCCUUAUCCAUAAGCGAUGCAUCUUUCAGAAGUAAUGAAUCAUCGUGGAUGUCAUUUGCUUCCUUUCAUAUUCGACACAAGACUCACAUCCAACUACAAUUUCAGCCUCUUUCUGCAGAUGGUAUCCUUUUUUAUACUGCCCAGCACCUUAGCCCUCGAUCAGGUGACUUUCUAUGUAUAUCCUUAGUAAAUGGAUUUGUACAACUACGCUACAGCCUUGGCGACAAGAUAGUCAUCUUACAGUCUCUUCAAAACGUAUGUACAAAUGGAAGUACAUGGCAUUUCCUUAAAGCAGGAAGAAUAGGUAAUGAAGGUUACCUGGAACUGGAUGGCAUCAACAUUACCCGGAAAGCCAGUGCUGGAAUGACUGCCCUCGACAUAAACACAGAUUUCUAUGUCGGAGGAGUGUCAUCCUUAAAUCUUGUCAAUUCAAUGGCAAUAGAGAAUGAACCUAUAGGUUUCAGUGGGUGUAUACGAGAAAUUAUUAUAAACCACAGAGAACUAAAACUCACCGAGGCAGACCCUAAAGAUGGUUCCAAUGUAGGUGACUGUGAUGGAACUGUCUGCGGGUACACAGUGUGCAAAAAUAAUGGUAAAUGUCAAGUUCAAAACUCAGGCUUUUCUUGCUUUUGUCCUCAACCCUGGACAGGGAACACGUGUGAACAAUCUGUUUACUGUUCACAUAAUGGUUGUCUGCACCAGGCUCUGUGUAUUCCUGAUCCCAUUUUAUUUUCAUACAGUUGUGCAUGUACACUAGGAUGGUCGGGUAGAUACUGUGACAAUGAAAUCUCAUUUUCUACUGCAAAAUUUGCAGGUAAUUCAUACAUCAAAUACAUGGAUCCUCAUUAUGGACAGAGAGACCUCAGAUUUACUAGUGUAUCUCUAAAUUUUACUACCAGUCAGAGUGAAGGCUUAAUUUUAUGGAUGGGAAAAGCUGAAAAUGAAGACAAUGAUUUCCUUGCAGUUGGUCUUACUAAUGGGACCUUAAAAGUUGUGGUUAAUCUUGGAGAGAAAAUCUCUGUCCCUUUAAUUCACAGUAAACAUUCCCUUUGUUGCAAGAGAUGGCAUUUUGUCACCAUAGCUCAAAAGCAGACUUCUGUUAAAGUGUACCUUGAUGAAUAUCUGGUUCUCUUUGAAGAUAUUGAUCCACAAAGAAAAUACAUUGCUCUAAACUAUGGAGGCAUUUGCUAUUUUGGUGGAUUUGAACUUGGCAGAAAAGUAAACACAGUCACUUCAGGGCUUUUUAGUCAGCAGCUAGUUGGUAAAAUUAAAGAUGUUGUACUCUUUCAAGAUUCUAAAACAAUCCAAUUAAUUAAGGCAGAAGGCUACAAUGUUUAUGAUGGAGAUAGGGAUUAA